AUGUCCACCUUAAUUAUCAAAUUGUACAAUAAUUUUCUAAUUAUAUACACACUAAUUUUUAUAUUUUUGAUACCAAAUUACUCAAAUUCAGUUUCAUUGCCAACAAAAAAAAUAUACACAUCAAACUUAAAUUUUAUCAAGAAUCUCAAUGAUGGAUUCUUUGCAUUUAUUAAUACACAUAAUUUUAAAAAUGAUAUAAACGAUUUUGGAAGUGGACGUAAUGUUUGGCUUUUGUUUGAAAAGCCAAUUUAUGAAACUAUGCCACCACCAAAGUCGUUAAUCCCAAAGCGCAUCCACCUGGAUUACGAAAAUUUGUUGAGAAGCCAUGAUCCGUCAAAAAUUAACUUUAAUACUCGUUUGUGUGAUUUUCCUGGCGUUGAAAUUCGGGACAUAGAUAACUUGUAUGGUAAAAUCUACGAUCGGCGUGUUUUGAUGAAGCAGAUGAGAUAUUUUUUGGAAAGAGAUGAUUUUAAUUCCAUCUGGAGAUUAAUGGAAUAUAACAGGGAUGUGUUUAACAGAAGGGAUUGCGAUCUUUUGGUGAAAGAUUUUGACCACUUGAUGUUCGCAAGGCUGAAAUAUGAGUAUCCUGAGCCUGAGAAUUUGGAUAGAACAAUGCCCUUUCUGGUUUCCAGAUACGUUCUCCAACACGUUUUGCAGCAGGAUCUGGAGUCUCGUCUCAAUUACAAGUGGCUGGAACCCGGAGAAAUACCAGAAAAGCUUCCAAAGUAUAGCGAAGACUACGUUGAGCCUAAGGCUUCCCCAGAGAACCCAAUUCACGUCAGAGAUACUGCCGCCUACCGCUCCCUUAUGAACCGCUUAGAGAACUAUGACGAGAACCUUAGGCUAUGCGCUGUUAGGGACCUCUUCCAUAGGCUUAUAGAGUGCAAGAGGAAGAAGCUAACAAAGUCUUUGAGGAGGUUCCAGAGAUUAAAGCCGUUCAAAUCACUGUCCUACAGACGUAAAGUUGCUAAUAAAAUUGACAUUGACCGGGUUUCACCAUUCCUCUCAAAGCCUAUGCGUUGCACUGAUGAAAUAGUUAAGAUUUAUACUGAUCACUUUGAGGAGGCAGUUAAUAAACAGGACCUCGCCACAGCUUGUAGGCUAUUAAAUCGCUAUUCAAGGAGGAUAAUAUUCAUCGACAAAUUCCCGCUUCUGCGUAAAUUUAUGCGUCUAUUCGCUGAAAUUCAUGCCUCAAAGAAGUAUAACCUCCAGGCCCUAAAGUGGCUUAGAUCAACCUACUGGAGCACAGUAAAAAGGCACAAAUUCCUAAUCAGAUAUAACGAGCCCAUGAUGGUUAUGGAAGCCGGAAAAACACUAAAGGAUCUGUAUGAAGAACAAUUAGAGCAGUACAGAAAGAGAAGAGAUGCUAUAAAUGAUGAAAAAAUGAAGAAGAUGGGAGUAAAUAUGGAUGAAGUUAGAGAUUUUUCAAACGCAUACGGAGAGGACUGGAUUCCUAUACUUUAUCCUAAAGAAUUCGAAGAAGGAAUCAAAUAUCAGCAAGAAAGGUUAGAUAAACUAAGAAAGAAAGCCGAAAAGGAGCUAAACGAAGAAAGGAGGAGACGUAGUUAUGAAGAUUAUGAAAUGGAAGAAGAAAUAGAAGUACCAAAGGAAGAAGAUUUAUAA